GUGGUGGCGGCGGGUGUUGGGGGAGAAAUCUCGGGGAUCCAAAGGUGGUGGCGCAAUGGAGGGACUGGAAGAAAAUGGAAGUGUCCAAGUAGGAGAAUUGUUACCUUGCAAGAUUUGUGGAAGAACGUUCUUUCCAGUGGCAUUAAAAAAGCAUGGACCCAUUUGCCAGAAAACUGCCACUAAGAAGCGCAAGACUUUUGAUUCAAGCAGACAAAGAGCUGAAGGAACUGAUAUUCCAACAGUAAAGCCUCUUAAACCUAGGCCUGAACCACCAAAGAAACCAUCUAAUUGGAGAAGAAAACAUGAAGAAUUCAUUGCCACCAUAAGAGCAGCUAAAGGCCUUGAUCAGGCACUUAAAGAGGGUGGAAAACUUCCUCCUCCUCCUCCACCUUCUUACGAUCCUGAUUAUAUUCAGUGUCCAUAUUGCCAGAGGAGAUUUAAUGAAAAUGCAGCUGACAGACAUAUUAAUUUCUGUAAAGAACAGGCAGCACGUAUUAGUAAUAAAGGCAAAUUUUCUACUGAUACCAAAGGAAAGGCGACUUCUCGGACACAGUAUAAGCCUCCUGCACUUAAAAAGUCAAAUUCUCCUGGAACUGUACCAUCAGGAUCUUCACGGUUACCACAACCAAGUGGCACUAGCAAAACUGUUGUAGGUGUGCCUUCAGGUAAAGUGUCUUCAGUUAGCAGCUCUUUGGGAAACAAACUUCAGACCUUAUCUCCUUCCCAUAAAGGGAUAGCAGCCCCUCAUGUAGGUAAGAUGGACAAGUUAGGCCCUCCACUUCGAACUGGAAGACAUGUGCAAAGGUUGUAUGACAGUGAUACAAAAUCAGACAGUGCCAUCAAAAGACAUGAGUUAUUACCCAUUUACAAAACUAACAUCAAACCUCGAAAUUCCACACCACCAAGUUUGGCAAGAAAUCCUUCCUCAGGUGUGGUUACAAACAAAAGAAAAACAUAUACUGAGAGCUACAUAGCCAGGCCAGAUGGAGACUAUGUAUCUUCACUUAAUGGCGGAAACAUUAAAGUCAUGGAAGGAAAUUCAACAGGACACUUACCAAAAUUCUGCCAUGAGUGUGGGACUAAAUACCCUGUAGAAUGGGCAAAGUUUUGCUGUGAAUGUGGCAUUCGAAGAAUGGUUCUGUGAAUAGAGCCCAAAAAAAGCUAAGUCCAGAAUUUUAUGAUUGUUGCUGCUUGGACAGCUAGAGCACUUCCUUUAGUGAUUUUAUGCUAAAAUUAUUCAAAAUACUUUUUUCAGCAAUUUUUGGAGCAUAGUUCUUUGGCUGUGAAAUGUGUGUGUAUAUAUAUGAAUGUGUACAUAUACUGUAUAUAAUAAAUACCUGAUACCCCAAACUGUGCCAUUCAAGGAAAUAGUCACUCAUCUGUCAGAGAAUAAUUUCAAGUGGAAUCAUUAACUUAGGUAAUACUUUUCUGUUACAGUUGUUGAAGCACAUUAAGCAUACCUUCACAAAAUCAAAUGCUAGUGCUCAGCCCUUCAAGCUUUAGGAUGAUCGUUACUUUGAGGAAAAGUCAGAACAAACAUUUUUGUUAUUGUUGCCUAUUUUCACGUAGUAUAAGAUUGGAUGCUUGGAAUUUUGCAAGAGAGUAUUUUCAGUUGCAGUUAGUUAUGUAAGGUCAUUUUCCUGUAGAGCUGUUUUACAGUUAAUUUUAUAAAUAUUUAAAAAAGAGAGGAAUUCAACCUCUACAGGUCUUUGUUGUCCUUUACUCAGUAUAUCAUUAAUUAUAUAAUUUAGAGAUCUUUAUUUAUUCUUUAAAAUGUAAUUAUGCAGUUUCCUUUUCAGAGACACAAGACUAAAAAAUAUAAAUGUAUUUUAUUCUAGUUGUAACUUAAUGACUUUUUUUUAACCUCUGUGUGUUAGUUGAAUGUAUAUUCUUUCUAUUUCUAAUUGUGUCUCCAUGUUUCACUUUUUUCUUUUUCAUUACCUCAUGUCUGAGGAGUUUAGUUUACUACUUCCUUAUUUUUGCAAAGUUUGAAAAUAAUUAUUUAAUGUAAGAGGCACAAGACUCCUUGCAAAAUUCUACAUGUUCAUUUCUGUGUCUGAAUUUAGAAGAAAUUAUUUUAAUGGAUUUCAAAGCAAACCACCUGACCCUAAUAAAUAAUUUGGAUAAUUAAUCAUUACUGCAGGGCAUGCAGGUAAAAAGUAUUAUUUUUUAAUUUCCCUUGAAGUAUAGAUGUAGUGAUGAGUUGGUUAGGGUCUAAUUUUUCCUACUUAUAUUUUCUGUUUAGUGUUUAAUAUUGAAAUACCAUUCACAUCACAGUAAAAAAAAAAACUGAAAAUGCACUGCUUUAAUGCACAGCUGACUUACGUAAUUAAACAUUCACAAAAACUUAAUUAUACUUUAACUUUGGCUAAAAUACAGCUUUUAAUUGUCACACUUUCAGUGUGACAGUAUUUAGUAGAUUCUUUGAUUGCCUGUGCAGCCCAGGUUCAAUAAUUCCUUAGUAAUUUCUGUUGAAUGGAAAGAAAACAGCUUUGUGUAAGCAAAUCUUCUAUAGGCCAUUUCUAAUUUCUCAUUUAUGAUUAUGAUCAACUGUGUAAGGGUUAAUGUAGAAAUUUGUGGCUUUUAAUUUUCUCUGAAAUUUAUUUAUGCUUAUACUUUAUAAUUGUAUUCAUUAGUGUUUUUGGUUUUGGUUGUUGUUGUUGUUGUUGUUGUUUUCCGUUCAGGCAAGGGAUGUAAACUUUGAGGUAAUAGGAAUUGUCAUUUUAUUUACCUUAUAGUUUCUUUCCUGACUUUUCAUUAACUUUUUUAACCUGAUUGUCUUUAUUCAGUCAUUGGUCUAAAAAAAGAGUCCAUUAGCUAGAUUAAACUUUAAUUAAUUUAGGAGAAUAAUGUACAUAAAUUAGAUUUUCAUUUCAAUGAUAUGUGUUAUUCUGUCCUGUUAUAAAUCAUACAAAGAACUUUCAACUUUGUUUUCCCUGGAACUGAGCACUAUUUUUCGUUUUCCAAGUUUGUUUUUGUUUUUGUUUUUUAAGACCAUACAAUUUUUACCCUAGGAAGGAGUAGGUAAAUGAGCUCAAAGUGGCACAUGUUUGUUUCUCACAGAAUUUCGCAGUAGCCAGUAAAUGUUAUAAUGUACUACAUGGAAAAUGAGUUGGUAAAAAAUCAUCCAAUUCUAGAACCCAGAGAUUAUUAUAAACAGUAAGUAGGUGAAGUACACUUAUGAAUUAUGAAACAUGUUGUGACAGUGUAUUUAAAUGCAUUUUUGUAUUACUUACAUAUAUUAUUCUCACAUUGAUUUGUUGUACAGUAGUUCAGUUUAUAAGAAAUUUUCCUAGAUCUAUGCAUCAUUUACUUUUUUAUUUAUUUUCACAAGUAUUUGCAGUGUGGUCGAAUUAAAAAAAUGAUUGUAAGCUUAAAUUAAAAAUGUAAAAGUUGCUUAUAUAUUAUUCUGAAAGUCAUUAGCUUGAAAAAUAAGAUUAUUAUGGUUGCUGUUGUCUCUUGUCCACUCUGUUUUUUAUUACAAAUACUGUCUUCAUUUUUGAACCAAUUCAAUAAAGACAGAAAGCAAAAAA